CUUGUCGUUAAAUACUCGGAAAUCUUCAUUAUCAGUUAGAAAAAAAGAAUAAAUUCAUAUCAAUAAUGAGUUAUUGUAUAAAAUUGACAAAUAGUUGGAUUAUUAUUAUUAUUUUAAUUAUUCUAUGUAUAUUCAUGAAUUUAUUGAUGUUAUUAGCAACACAAUUAGAAUAUCGUAUACAAAAUGGUUAUCCAGUAAAUCCUGGUGAAUUUCCAAUGAUUGUAUUAUUACUUGGUAAUACACAUUUAUGUACUGGAACAAUUAUAGCACCUGAUAAAGUUUUAACAGCUGGACAUUGUGCAUGUGGUGAUCCAACAUAUGAAGUUCAUGCAAAUUUAACACAAAUUGAUGAACGAUUUUCACCUUAUACACAAUUUCGAUUCGGUACACAAUUUAAUUAUCCUAUCACUUAUAAAAAUCAAUGUGAUCAACUUAAUCAUGGUUUUAUUGAUAAUCAUGAUGAAUUUGGUGGUUCACCUGAUAUAUCUAUAUUAACACUGAAUAAAAAAUUUAAUCUUAUGAAAGGAUGGAUUGAAAUUGGUUCAUUAAAUUAUAAUUAUUCAAUAAAUAAUACAAAAGAAAAAAAUGAUGAGGAUUUUUUUGUUUUGGGUUAUGGUGAAGAUAAAUCAAUGGACAAUUCAAUAGGUCAAUUACGUUUAGGUAUAAUAAAAUUAGGUGAAUGUCCGAAACAUAUUAAAAUACCAACAAAUGGAGCAAUUUGUUCUAAUAUUAAUCGUAAUCAUCAAGGACCAGAUGUUGGUGAUAGUGGUGGUCCUAUAUUUGAUAUCAAUGGACGUGUUAUUGGUAUAACAUCAAUAGCUGGAAAUGGUUGGUAUGUAUUUUCAAGUGUUACUACACACAAAACAUUUAUUCAACAACAUUUAUAUAAUGAUACUAUUAAUUCGACUAGUGAUGGUUAUAAUACUACUAAUAAUAAUAUUAAUACACUGAACUAUUCCAAUUCAACAGAUCUUUCGUAAUUUUCUUGCUCUUCUAAAGAGUUGACAUUUUCUUUGAAUAAAAAUCUUCCUUUUUUUCCCGAGUAUGUGAUGUACGGAAAUAGUUCAUGAUGAUAUAAAUAUAAUAUUUUUGUGUGUUGAAAUUAAAACAAAAUCUUAUGGAAAUUAAUCUGGUAUAUAUAUUUUAUUAAUUUGUUUUUAGACUAUUUUGUUAAGUUAAAUACUUACUUACUUACUUGUGCCUGUUAAUCCUCAUGAAGGAGUAUAAACUGCCUACCAGGAUUCUCCGAUUGAAUUUUGUCUUUGAUAUUCCUUUCCAGUUAUUUUGAUGUCUAAUUUCAUUUCUCAGCUCAAUGUGUAACUUGGUAUUCCUCUUCUCCUUCCCUCCUUAAGGAUUCUGAGUUAGGGGUUAUCUUGUGAUACAGUUUUGGGAUUUCCAUAAUGUAUGUACUAUGCAACUAAACUGUCUUUCCCUAAUUUCGUCUUUAGCUGGAAGCUUUCAAUAUUUUCAUUUUGAUGUCUAUUGGUUAAUCCUCCACUAUUAAGAUUUAAACAAUAAGAUCAUAGGAAUUUUGAGAACUUUAGGUUUUUUAUAGGCUGAAUUCGUUACAGAUCUAUUAUAUUUGGAGUGCUGUUGAAAACCAUGGGAUUCUACCUAACUUUUUUGUUCUUGUAUGGAAUUCCUCGGCAGUGAGCACACAAAAACCUGUCACUGCGGAUGGAACGUAGGAAAUUGAAUUAUUGAGGUGAGUUCUUAACCUCCAGGAUCCAGAGAAGUCUCAUAUUAGGACAAAGCAGAUGUCCAGUAGUUGUUUAGUAGUUGUUCAUUACUUGUCUAAGUAGUAUUGAUUCGUGAUCAUGAUAAGAUUAUGUUUAUUCACUACGACUUAUAGUUUACAUCACAAUCUUUAUAUGGUAUAAUCAAUAAAGAAUUUAGUCUGGUUCAUGGUCAAGUUCAUUUUCAGCCAUCCCUAUUUAAUUUUGAACGUAUAUUAUUCAUUAGUCAACAUGCAAGUUUUACUCUUUAAUUGCUUAACGAUUCCAAGAAAAUGAUUGAAUCAGAUAAUCGAACGCUUUGGAAAUAGGUGUAUAAAUUCACCUCCAGACCGAAUAUUAAAAUUAUGAAUGCUACUUUACAAAAAUUGUAUGAAAUACUAUCAAAUCAGCUUUUCAGAUUCUUAGUUGUCAUGUAGAUUCAGUCUGAAAUUAAUUAGAAGAGUUCCAGUUUGAAGACUUAUCAUAAAGAAAAUAUAUAAAAAUCAAUAGUCUAAGCAAUAGUUUUCAAUCUAUUUCCAAUGAAUAAUAAACGUCUAUCUAUCAUAUUCCAUACAUAGAGCCAUAUCAGUUUUUGUUAUCUCCCGAUAAGAAUAGUGAAUGGUAAUUCUUGGGAUCCAUUUAUGGACCAAUACUAUGAGUAUAUUUUAUCGUGUAAUUGUUAUGUAACUAAACUGUUCAUAUUCAUGUCCCUCUUAUUAUGAGUUUUAUUUUGACCUAUGAACUAUUAUUAUACGAUUUACCAUUCUUGAACUAUUCCCUGUCUGUUAAUCACUACCUCCCUCAUUCACGGUCACUUUUGGCCAAAUAUUGUACAAAUGUUAUUUUCUAUUUUAUAGUGUGAUGUGGUCUGUUUGAUUUGUAUAUAAACCCAGUAUGUUUGAAAUACAUGAUUCAUAUCACGGAG